CUGGAACAGCUGAAGAACGCGAGCGUCCAGAUCGGAUCGCCAUCCGAAUCCGAUUCAAACUGAGACACAGCUACAGAUACUCGUUCUCAUUCUCGAUUUAAGUCGCUAAUUGUCGCGUCAAGUGCUCCGCUUUGUGUGCUGACCCCAAACACUUGUUGACAUCUCAACAAUCGCGAGUUGGGCAAUUCAGUGCUAUCCGUUGGUUUUUGUGAUUUAGUUCGGAUUUUAUGAUCUAAAGUGAUCUGUGCAAUAGAUUCGUGAAUUGCAUCUUGGGGCAGUAACUACAUUAAGAUACUUUUUCACACAUCCAUAAGAUUGCCCCGCGCGCAUAUCUAAUUCCAACGGUCACGAUUACCUAUUGGGAUUGGGAGUGGUGGAGAGUGAGCUUUGCGGUGCAAAAGUUUCCAAUCAACAGCUGUUUCUCGAGCUUUGGGGUUUAUUUUCCCUUCUCCAAGCUGAGAGCACUGCACUUUGCAGAGAGAGAGAGAGAGAGAGCGCGAGAGAGCGUGGGGCAGGUUUUAUCAGUUUGAAGUACGAUUCAUAGAGAUAAGAAAAAGUAGGCGGCGGGUGUUAAGUCACUUACACAAUUUAUCGCUUCUUCGCCUUUGCGCAAUCGAAUGGAAAAGCGGAUUGCAUUCCAUUCUCAUACCCGGUUGAAGUAGCAGCCGGAUCACCCGGACAUUAUGAACAAACUACGGGCACUGCUACCCGGCCAACACUCCGGCUCCAAUGGAGCAUCGCGGCACUCCGUAACUCUGGAGCCGGAGAUCGGAUUCCAGAUCACCAUUGACAAUCCGAAAAACACCGAUCAGAGCAAGGGUUCCACGGCGGUGCCCGAACUGAAUGUCCACCUCAUCGCCGCGCGACAUUUGCCCUCUCUUUUCGGCUUCAAGAUCGUCCAGGGGUAUCUGAUAAAGGUGAAGCUAUUUCCCGGAUCGAAAAGAUUGGACAGCAGCAUUCAGACGAAUACAUGGCCAAAGUUCAAUGAAAAUUUCAAGUUUCCACUGGUGCCGGACAUCAAAUCCUCCAUGAAACAUGUGGCUCGACGUCCCGCAAAUGGACAGGUGAACAGUUCGGAUCAGGAGCCGGAGCAACUCUUUUCCGGCCAAUUUGUGGUCUUUACGGUUUACGCACUGCUGGAACUUCCGGCAACGAACUUCAAUCGCUUUAACAAGACAUACCGCUCGCUGAAAGAUAGAAGCACCAGCUUUGUGCAGCGUUUCGUGGAUCCCACUGCCCCAAGUGAGGCAAAGACUGAGGCCGGUGGAAAGCCAAGUGACCAGGGAAAGGGCAAGAAGAAGUCGUCGGAGAGCUCCGCUCGGGAUGCCAUGCCACCGCUGACCAUCAGUGAAUCGCGCAGGAAUAUAGGUUCCGUCACCUGUUACCUGGAAUCGAAGCUCUUCCAGCGCAACAGCCGCACGGGGUGCUAUUCUACGGAAGAGCUGUGGUUGCCUAUCAAAGAUAUCACCACGACGGUGGCCAAGUCGUCACCCAGCAACAACAAUUUGGUUAACUCCACCAAGGGUGUGGUCGAGCUGGCUCUCGAGGUUCGUGAUCUCCUGGAAUGCGAGGCACCUGUGGAUACUUCACUGCCCCCUGCCGCGCCCACGAACACGCCCACUACAACCAAUCCGCCCACUCCACCUGCCACCAAUGCCACCAACAAUUGGCAACGGAUGACCGCCGAAGUGAAGCGGAAGAUGGGCAUCAGCAAUGCUGGCAGCAGCGACUCCGGCAGAUACAUGCUCCGGGUGACCACGACACGGAUGCGCUGCUCCAAUAAGGUUAAGGAUGAGCUGGAGGCCACGGCGAGCUCCGGUGUGUAUGUGAAGACCACGGCAUUCGAGCACGGCAUCUAUAUAGAUGCCUGGAAGUCCCCCAUCUUCUUUCCCUCGCUGUCCACCAAGUGGGACGAUGGAUCCGGCGAGGGUACGAUAGAUAUUCCUCUCCAGAGACUCGAUCAGUUGGAGGCCAUCGUGCUGCGCAUCACAUUGGCCACCAAGAAGAUGGGCAAGAAACUGGUGCUCGGCACCGUCAUAGUCGGCGGAGAUCAGGCGGGAGAUACGGGCUCCGACCAGAUGCGACUCAUCCGGGAAUCCCCGCCAGGUCAGCGGGUGGCCGCCUGGCAUUGUUACCACUAAGCCGUACUCAAAGCUACAAAGCUACUCCAAACUGAAUGUACAUAGAAAAAAAUCCUAAGUAUAUAUUUCUGCUGUAUGCAUUUACUUUGCGAUCGUUAAAAAUAUUAAAUUUAAUUGCGAAUUGUAAA